AUGGUUAGACAGAUCAGCAGUAAAUCUGAAAGCGUUGUGAAAGUGGCCGAGUUGGACCAUCAUGUUGGUGAAGUUAUUGAGUUGUCAAGCUCAGAUUUAGAGCGAAAUGACGGUGAUAUUUCUAAUGGUGAUUUGGCUCUUAAAUUAGCAAAGGAAGGUAAAGGGAUAACAUACACAGAGGAAGAAGAAUCUUCCCUAGUCAGAAAGCUUGAUUUGAACGUCACUCUACUGCUUUGUGUUGUUUAUGGUACUCAAUUCAUGGACAAGGUUACCAUAUCAUUUACUGGUAUUAUGGGGUUAAGAGAUGAUCUAGAGUUGAAAGGUAAUCAAUUUUCCUGGCUUACCACUGCUUUCUACUUGGGAUGGUUAAGCUUUGAAUUUUUAAGUGUUAGAUUACUUCAAAGGUUCCCUUUGAUGAAAACAAUGUCUGCUUUUGUCUUUGUUUGGGGGUCAGUACAAAUAUUAAACGCAGCAGCAGCUUUCAAUUUUGGUGGUAUGUUAACGGCUAGAUUUUUCUUAGGAGCCAUGGAAUCUGCAAUCUCACCAGCAGCUGUUAUGUUAACAGCCCAGUACUACAAGAAAGAUGAACAAUUUCAAAGAAAUACUUUUUGGUGGUCAAGCAACGGUGUUGGUAACAUCUUAGGUGCAGCUUUGGCUUAUGGAUUGGCUAAACAUGAAGAGUCAAUGACAAUAAAGGCAUGGAAACUUUUAUUUUUAGUGACAGGGAUCUUUACCCUUUUAUUAUCAGUCAUCUUAUUCUUUCAUUUACCUGAUACUCCUAAUGAAGCGUGGUUUCUCACAGAGAAAGAGCGUAAGAUAUCUGUUGAAAGGAUCAGAGUUAAUCAACAAGGUUUUGGUAAUCCAAAGUUCAAAAGAUAUCAAGCCAUUGAAGCAUUUAAAGAUAUUAGAACAUAUCUAUACAUCACACACGGUAUCAUAUCUACUGUUCCAAAUGGUGCUUUAACAAGUUUUGGUAGCAUUUUGAUCAAAGAUAGCUUUGGGUAUAGUGAGCUACAAGCCUUAUUAUUGUCAAUGCCAAAUGGUGCUUGUCAAUUUUUAUCUUCAUUUUUUCUAUUCUACGCAAUAAAAUACUUUGGGAAUAGAACCUUGUGUGGAAUUGCUGGAUAUUCUGUUGCUUUCAUUGCAUGCUGUCUGCUAGCUUUUCCAGAGAAUAAAACAGCACAGUUUGUGGGUUAUGUUUUUUCUGCCGUUGUUCAUAUUGGAUGGGUCACCGUUAUAAGUAUGAUAACAACCAAUACAUUAGGUUACACAAAGAAAGGGGUCGUUAUGGGGUUAUAUCUUGUAUCUUAUUGUGUCGGUAAUAUGAUUGGCCCUCAAACUUUUCAAGAAAAAUGGGCUCCUGAUUAUCGUCAAAGUAAAGUUAUAAUGGCUGCCUGCUCUGCUGCUUCUCUGUUCCUCAUGGUGAUUAUGUAUUUGGUCAACAUAAAAGAGAAUAAAAGAAGAGACAAUCUAAGUUCUGACCAUACUACACACCAACCUGAGCUUCCUGAAAACUAUGAAUUUAUGGAUCUUACUGAUUUUGAAAACUUCAAGUUCAGAUAUGUGGUUUAA